AAUUCGCAUAAACAUGUCACAAAAUUGUAAACGUUUUUUCACUAUAACAGAAUCUACAAAUAUUAAAUUUUUCUGUUAAUUUUUCAGUGAACGAGCUAACUAUGGCGACUCCAAAGUCGCAAAAAGAUAAACUACAUGGGGUGGCCCCGCGUUUCCUGCCACGUCCAACCGCAGCUUCUGCGGCACGCGCCGCAAAAAAUGCCACCACUCGCAACCAGACAGCAUUAGCAACGCUUCGGCAAUCACCUGUGCGGUCACCACCAUCGCCUGCGACCUCUAAGAUGAGGACUGCCGUAUCACGCAAUGGACAAAAAACUGAAUCAAAAACAGAGAUCAAAAUAAACAGAAAUUGUGAAAGUGAAAUUCUCCAUGCUAAUAUCGAGGAGCCACUUAAACAAGGAACAAGGACAGAGGCCGAUCUGUUUUUCGCCGCAUACGAGGAUGGAAUAAUCAAACAAGAAGAGCACGUUGUAUUCUCGAGUACAGAUGAUUUGCAAGACGUGGACAGUUAUGUUUCUGAUAUGCAAAUUGUGGAUAAUAAUAUAUUGGUGCCUGUACAAAUUGCAACGGCUGGAAUAGUGCAACCGGAGAGUCUAGAUUCACAAAGUCGGCCGCAGACGCCUAGAAACGUUUCAAGUCGUCCAGAAACGCCAAAACUACCAAGUCGACCAACGACACCAGCUUACCCUGCGCAGCGAUAUGGAACACCAACCAGCCGUCCAAACACCCCACAACGAAACACACCCCCAAAAAGACCUAAAACCCCUUCUAUGCACAAUUCUUUAUUACCUCGUCCUAUAACUCCAGUCUCAUCAAACCGCUCUCGGCCUCCUUCCCCAACAAAAGAAGGGGACGAUUUAAAAUCGCUUUACAUUAGUAAAAAAAAAGAAUAUCAUCAAAUGAAAAUGGAACUCGAUUUUAAACAGCAAGCAAUAUUAGAAGUUUUCAAUGGACUGCGCGCCUUGCAAGACCGUAUGGCACGAGAAGGGAUAGCAGGCGGAGGCGAAUGUCGACAGGAUCUGGUGGUGUUCAACGUGGCAGACUGGGCACCCGAGGAGGUGGCGCAACUGUGCCGCGAUGCUGUCGCUUCUCCGGAAACGAAUGGAGCCCUGGAGUUGUUCCAAACGAGUGUACCGAUUGAUGACUGUGCACUAUCAGAUGUAGAGUCCAAGACAUUGAAUAUUCCUGGAUGUUUUGCUGACUUAUGCCUACAGGCAUUUACGGCUAGGCAAGAAUUAAUAGAUUGGGUGAAGGAAUUAAUCCAGAAUCAACAGGAAUUCGGGUGCAACGAUGCAGUGGACCGUAUAGCUCACUAUAACAAACAGGGGCUCGAGCUUUGUGAAGCUCUACGUGAGAUGAAAUCUCGAGCGGACGAUGCUCUUGAUACCGUUACACUAUUCUCUAAGAGAGCGUGUCGCGAACGUUCAACUUUAAUAGCAGUCGGGGAAUCGUUAGUCCGGGAAAUUGCUCGACUACGUCAAGAGAUAGAAAGUCGCUCUUCUGUAAUUUUAAAAGAAACACGCGCAGAAGAUGAUGUUACUAAAGCAUACGAGGAAAUGCGUCGUGAACUAGAAGAAGAGCGAACUGCUAAAACAGCACUGAAAGAUAAACUAACAACAGCAGAAUCUCAAUUGCGACAGACACGUUUACGUGUCUCUAAAAUGGACAAACAGAUGCGUGAAGCUGAAGCAAGCAUAGCCAGCCUUACAGGAACCGUGAAAACCUUAGAAGACCAGAGUAGACAACGAGAAGUUCUAUUAGAAGCUAGAGCAAGAAAGUUAAAAGAGUCGCUGAAAACCGGCGAAGUGGCUACUGGUCAUUUAGCGCAAAAACGCGAUGCUUUACAGGCUGAGGUUAAUGAAUUAAAAGAACAAAUUCAGACAAUGACAACGCAACACAAAGCAGAGGUGGAAGAUUUAGAUAGCAAGUUGAAGGAAUUAAUGACAGCUCUACAAGAACAAAAAAAUGUAGCACUAUGUGUAACUGAACAAAAACAAGAAAUCGAAAUGGCUUUGGCAGAAAGUCAAAAUGUCAUAGAAGAGUUAAAAACGCAAGUUACUAAACUUGAAAACAGUCAACCCAAUCCUGAUUUACCAACACAGAGAGAAAUGGAUUUAUGGGCCGAACUACAUGCUACCAAAGAAAUAUUAAGAAAUACGGAGGACGAAGUAGUUGCAACUAAAAAGGAGAAAGUCCGCUUUUUGGAAACGCUGUCAAAAAUUACGGACUCUGAGAACAAAGGAGGAAUGCAACAAAAGUUGGCAUGCGAAUUAAUAAACAAAGAGGAAAUUGUAGCAAAGAUGCAAACGCAAAUUAGGGAACUAACGAAGAAUAUAAAACUAAAUGAAAAAAAAGUUUUUCAAUACGAACAGUACGUCCGAGACUUGCACUCUCAUAACAGAUCUGUGUCAAAUUGUCAGGAAGCAUCAAAUGGCAUUAGUUUCCAAGAUCUGGAACAAGAGAUAUUAAGUUUACGGAUGAAUCUUCUGGAUGCGGUCCAUCGUAACGAAGAUUUAUCAGAAGCUCUUUCUCAAAAAGAACAAAUGCUUGAACAACAGGACAAAACAUCACGAGCACAGGCAAGAAUCAUCAAGGUUCGUGAGGAACUAAUCAACAUGCUUAAAAACAAGGAAACCGAGCAAAGUCGUGAACUCUCCUCAUUGCAACAGGAUCUUGAGCACCGAAUGAAAAUUGUAGAUGAAGUGAAUAAACAGAUAGCAGCAAAAGCAGAUGAGAUUCAAGAACUGUUUUCAACGCUCGAGAACAAGCAACAGCAAAUUCACAGGCUAGAAAAGAUUGUGUUAGCUCUUGAAGAACAACAGCGGCGUGCGCAGGCGCAACGCAUGCGCCACGAGGAGAAGAUUGCUGCACUUGAACACGAAUUAGCAGCUGGCGGGAACCGACGAGAAAGAAAGUUCAUUUUCUUCUAACAUACGACGUGCUUCAAAGUACCGAAUAGAAUAGCCGGUAGUCGUCAUUUAAACAAAAAUUGUGCAAGUGGACUUUUGUAUUGUAUUUUGGGAUUAAUAUUUUGGAACUUGUUGUUUAAAUAAACACUUUA